AUGUCUGUUAGCAAUCACGAAAACCGCAAAUCGCGUUCCAGCACAGGGUCCAUGAACAUUCAUCUUUUCCACAAGCCUGGCCAUGCUGACAGUCUUCUAACACAGCUGAACCUCCUUCGCAAACGUUGCCUCUUCACAGAUGUAGUCUUGCUGGCGGGGAACCAAGGCUUCCCUUGUCAUCGGGCUGUGCUAGCUUCCAGCAGCCGUUACUUUGAGGCAAUGUUCAGUGGUGGUCUAAAAGAAAGCCAAGAUAGAGAAGUCAACUUCCAUGAUGCUCUGCACCCAGAGGUGUUAGAGUUGCUUCUGGAUUAUGCAUACUCUGCAAGAAUUAUCCUCAAUGAAGAGAAUGCAGAGUCCUUGCUUGAAGCUGGAGACAUGCUACAAUUCCAUGAUAUUAGAGAUGCAGCUGCAGAGUUCCUAGAGAAGAAUCUGCAUGUAGCCAACUGCUUGAAUAUGAUGUUAAUAUCUGAUGCACAUUGCUGUGAAAGGUUGUUUGAAUUAUCCUGGCGAAUGUGUCUAUCAAAUUUUGUGGAGUUGUCAAAAACAGAAGACUUCUUCAGGCUACCAAAGCUAAAGCUGAUGGAACUGGUCCUUAGUGAGGAACUGGAAGUGGAAGAUGAAAGUUUAGUGUAUGAAGCUGUGAUGGGUUGGAUAAAGUAUGAUUUGUGCCUUCGUUUUGAUGAUCUACCAGACUUACUGCGCUGUGUUAGGUUAGCUCUUCUUCCAGAGCAGUAUUUACGAAGUCUAGCUACAGACAAUUUAGUGGUUCAAAAUAAGGUGGCAAAAACAAUUGUUGAAGAAGCAACACAGUGCAGGAACAAGAUUUUACAGAAUGAUGGUUUAGUAACUGGGUUUUGUGCUCGCCCUCGAAAAGUCAGUCAGGCCUUGCUGUUGUUAGGUGGACAAACCUUUAUGUGUGACAAAAUAUAUGUGAUGGACCAAAAGACCACAGAGAUAAUACCUAAAACUGACAUUCCCAGUCCACGUAAAGAAUGUAGUGCAUGUGCAAUUGGAUGCAAAGUUUAUGUUACUGGAGGAAAAGGGGCAGAAAAUGGUGCAUCCAAAGAUGUCUGGGUGUAUGAUACAUUACAUGAUGAAUGGUCUAAAGCAGGACCUAUGCUUGUUGCUAGGUUUGGACAUGGAUCAGCAGAACUAGAUAAUUGCUUGUAUGUGGUUGGAGGGCACACUGCAAUCACAGGAGCUUUUCCAGCAUCCCCUUCAGUUUCCUUAAAACAAGUUGAACACUAUGAUCCUCAUAUUGACAAAUGGAGCUUAGUAGCUCCUCUUCGAGAAGGGGUCAGCAAUGCUGCAGUAGUAGGAGCAAAGAUGAAACUUUUUGUUUUUGGAGGUACCAGCGUGAACCGUGAAAAACUUCCCAAAGUUCAAUGUUUUGAUCCAGUCGAAAACAGAUGGACUGUACCUGCUACCUGCCCCCAGCCCUGGCGUUAUACUGGAGCUGCUGUUUUAGGAAACCAUGUCAUUGUUGUAGGAGGGGACACUGAGUUCUCUGCAAGUUCAGCCUACCGUUUUAACAGUGAGACUUAUCAGUGGUGCAGAUUUGGAGACGUUUCUUCAAAGAGGAUUAGCUGCCGUGCAGUUGCCUCUGGCAAUAGACUUUAUGUAGUGGGUGGGUACUGUGGAUCCCAGAGGGGAAAGACUUUGGACUGUUAUGAUCCUUCAAGCGAUACAUGGAGCAGUGUGACCACAGUGCCCUACUCUCUGAUCCCUACAGCCUUUGUCAGCACAUGGAAAUAUCUCUCUGCUUAA